AUGAAUCAGAAUAUCAUGGAGCACGAAGAAAUGAAGUUGUCAGCAGAAAUAAUGAAGUAGAAUGAUAUUAAAACUGGCAUAUAAAAUGAAGAUGAAGAUAGUGAAAGAUCCAGUUCAAUUACAGACUACACUAAGGAUGCUCACGAGUACUGGGAAAAACUUGAUAACAAAAUUAGCACUGAUCUUACUCCUCAAUGGAAUAAUCCUCCAGAAGAUAAGGAUGAAACUGAUAUAAAUCAAGAAGAUUCAUUGCAGUUAAAUUCUCAUACCUAUAAUCAUGGGAAGCUAAAUAGCAAAUCAGAUGAACCAUUAUUAAGCAUAGAACCUGAAGUAGAACUUAAGGUAUUUAGGGUUUAGAUAUGGUAUCUGCUUAAAUUGAUAGCAGUUUUGAGUAUUGGAGGCAUCUAAAUUGGAUAUUUGAUGUCAUGUAUGGGUCCAAUAGAUAAAUCCCUUGGAUUGAAACUUGGGUGGACUAAUGACAACGGAUAAGUCUUAUCAGGAAUUCUAGCAACUAUAGCAUUACUUGGAAUAGCCUUAGGCUCUUAUGUCUUAGCAAUACCAUUAAUGGAUCAUCAGGGUAGAAGAUAAAGCAUUUUAGUAGGCAUUUAUAUUGGGAUGGUUGGAGUUAUCAUUUAAAUGUUUGAAGAUUUCAGCAUGCUUUUAAUUGGUAGAUUUAUUCAAGGCUUAGCAUGUGGGAUCCAUUAAAUGUCCAUCACUCGAUAUAUUGAGGAGAUUGUUCCUGCUGAUAAGAUAAGUUUUCUACUGCCACUCUAUUUUUUCUCGAUUAAUUCUGCUCGAUUCAUAGUUCUGAUUAUUGCCACUGGAAUGCCAGAAGAUAAUAAUAUAGAUGAACUGACUCAUACUGGAUAUUGGAGAUUUGUGAUUGGCUAUGCAAUAUUUCUGUACAUUCUAUUUUUUCUUGGAGUCAAGUUGAUAAUCCAUCAUGAUUCUGUGAAGUAUCAUAUAAUUAAAAAGCAAAUAGGCAAAGCCAAGAAAGCCAUUAGGCAAAUUUAUCAUUAUUCUCACACUGAGCAAGAAGUGCUUGAGUACUUAUAAAAAUCUCUUCAUUUGGACACCCUAGAGGUUUCAUAUAGGAAAGCAGUUAUUAGUCCAAAGUAUAGAAGGGGAACUUUGGUUCUGAUUGUCUUAGCUGUAAUGCAUCAAAUAUCUGGUUAUCAAUAAGUGAAUCUCCUUUCAAGAUACUUGCUGAGAAAUAUUUCAUCUUCUGGUCAUACAACGAUGAAUUCAAAUGAAAAUAAUUGGCUGAUUGCCAGUUUAAUUUUAGUUGCAAGUCUAGUAUCGAUUGAAAUAACUCGGAGAUUUGAGAGGAAAACUGUUCUUAUCGCAGGAUAUUGCAUUCUUACUCUCUUUAAUAUUGUUAUUGGUAUCGGUGUUGCCAGUGAAGCUGCUUACUUUUCCUAUGUCUGUGCAUUAACCUUCAUUAUCGUCUUCUAGCUUUUGAAUGGCUAAAUAAUCUGGCUUUACAUAGUUGAGGUGAGUGUGGAGAUUAACUUAGGCAUGAGUUCUUUAGUUUAAUGGAUUACAUUAAUAGUUGUAACAUUUGGGACUCCUCAGCUAGUAAAAGGAAUGCACUCGCCUAUUUAUUUUGUUGCUAGUGGUAUUUGUGCUUUUGGAGCUAUAUUUUGCUAUAAAUUUGUUAAGGAAACUAAAGGACUUACUGAUAAAUAAAAGAAAAACUUAUAUGCUUUUAAGGAGGUGAAGCCAAGAAGAUAGAGCACUAGAAGUUCUUCUAAUAUAACAAAUUAAUUUUGA